AUGGCACCUGACGUGAUGGACGGCUCCCAAGUAGGUGUCGACGCGCAACUGGGGAACUGGAGGAAUUUUGCCUUUUACUUUGGCGAAGCCCGCGUGGAGUUAAAAUAUCUUAUGUCGCGAUCCAGCAAACUGGAUGCUGGUACAGUCAUCAGCGUGACGAUCACGAGAACCACACUACUUCGCGCAUAUUCACAUCUUGUCAUUGAUGAUGCUGAUGGAGGCAUGUUGUCGCCUUUGGCUCACAGAAUGCUCGGCAAGAAACUUGUCAUGCGUGGCUCGGUGCUCUUCGGUUGGGACAACACCACAGACAAAAUAGUGAGCUUUCACUCGCAGGCGGAUAUGAUUACCCCAAUGCUGAAUUUGCUAGGCAAUUUGAAGGAUGUGUCUUGCGUAUUCUCCAAGGCCCGAAUCACACCCGAAUGUAAAUUCGUCUAA